GAGUGCAACCUGGUCAAACCACAGAGACGGUGUCGCACGACACGAGCUCCCGGAAACAAACGGUGAUGGGGGGCUUUUCAUGCCUGCUGUGGAGAAUCUGAACCGUUCAAUCUCACCGCAAUUUUGAACACAAAGAGAAACUAGACUUAAAAGCCGCGCUCCAUUUCUUCCUCAAGCUUCCUGCUCCUUGUUGAUCUCUGAACAAGACCAUAACCCUAAUUUCUUUUUCUCUGAAAAAUCUUCCUUGAAGGUUUGGCAACAAAUCCAUUAUGGGAAAGAGGAAAUCCAGAGCCAAGCCACCGCCAAAAAAGCGUAUGGACAAACUUGAUACGGUCUUCAGCUGUCCCUUCUGCAAUCAUGGUAGCAGUGUUGAAUGUCGCUUAGACAUGAAGAAUUUGAUUGGGGAAGCCACAUGCAGGAUCUGCCAGGAAAAUUUUAGCACCACAAUAACUGCUUUAAGUGAAGCCAUAGACGUGUACAGCGAGUGGAUAGAUGAGUGCGAACGUGUGAACAACCUUGGGGAUGAUGAAGCUUGACUUUCAGGUAUUUGUAGUUAAGUUCGAAUACCAACAACUAGUUAUGUGAAACAGUGAAGGGUAUUGGUUCCUAUCAAAUAAAAAUCUGUAAAAUAACAGGGUCAUGAACCAAUGCCUUGUAUAUGGAAUAUCAUGACGUCAGUUGGAUGAUGAUUAGUAUAAAUCUCUCUUCUCUCUCUCUUCAGAA